AUGGUGGAGGAGAGUGGCUUGAACAGCAAGGGUGAGGGUGGAGGUUUGAGGCAAUGGCUUUGGUGGAAGAGAGUGGCUUUGAACAGCAAGCGUGAGGGUAGAGGUUCGAAGCUAGAGCUGGAUGAACCGUGGAACAGCCCUUCUUCAACUCCAAAGAAAUCAAGCCCUUCUGCAACACCAAAAAGAUCAAGUCCUUCUGCAACGCCAAGAAAAUCAAGAAAGAGCAGCAAGAAUAGCAAGAACCCAUAUUCGUCCCGUGGCCUUGACAAGUUCUCUGCACUUCUAGCCGAACUUGAAGAAAAAAGGCAGAAGAUAUACUCACAGAUUGGGUCUGAAGAUGUACCUAUGGUUCGUUUCGUCUACUCAAGCUCAAAUGAUUGUGUUCCUGUUAUAGUGAAGGUUAAAGACCAAAAGCAAGACAAACCCAAGGUCAGUAGUGCUGAUAAUAUCAAAGAUAAGCCCAUCACUUCUAACAAUGAAGUUGUGGAUAAGUUGCCAAUAGAGGCACCAGUUGAAGGGAAACAAGUGGAGCAGCCAAGAUUGGAAACUUAUAAAAAGACUGAGGAGAAGUGUUAUACAUGGAACAUGAAGUUGCACAGAUGGAGAAGACCUUAUUAUUAUAUGCCAGUUGCAAUAGUCUUGAUUUUGUUAUUUUUGGUUUUUUUUGGGCGAUCAGUUGCUAUAUUCUGGACCUCUCUUGGGUGGUAUAUAGUCCCUACAUUGAGUUCUAAAAAGCCAACACAGAAGAAAGAAUACGUCAGAAAAUUAAGUGAGCCCAAGAUGACGAUUAAUCAUGGGGUUGGGGUAUAUUCUCCUAUGAGACAUAGUACUGGCGUUAUGUCAGAUAAAUUGCCUCAACAACAUGGGCAACGAAAAAGCUUCUGA